GCUGCCGAGGCCCCGCAGUCGGCCUCUGCCCGCCGCGCCGCCCUCAGAACAGCUCCGGCCGCCGCGCCGCCUGGCUGUGGUAGUCCUUGUUCUCGCCGGGCUGUGGGGGCUCCGCGCCGCGGCCGUUAGUCAUGUCGGAUUCUGGAAGUUACGGUCAGUCUGGGGGUGAGCAGCAAAGUUAUUCUUCCUAUGGAAAUCAAAGCAACCAGGGCUAUGGACAAGCACCACAAAGCUAUUCUGGCUAUGGUCAAACAACUGACUCCUCAUAUGGACAAAGCUAUGGCGGUUACUCCAGUUACGGACAAAGCCAAUCAGGUUAUUCACAGUCCUACGGUGGUUAUGAGAAUCAAAAGCAGAGCUCAUAUGGCCAGCAGUCAUAUAAUAAUCAGGGACAACAAAACACGGAAUCAUCAGGAGGCCAAGGUGGAAGAGCGCCUUCAUAUGACCAGUCAGACUAUGGUCAGCAAGAUUCCUAUGACCAGCAGUCAGGCUAUGAUCAGCACCAAGGCUCGUAUGACGAGCAGUCAAAUUAUGAUCAACAGCAUGAUUCCUAUAAUCAAAACCAGCAAUCCUAUCAUUCACAAAGGGAAAAUUACAGCCAUCACACACAAGAUGACCGUCGUGAUGUGAGUAGGUAUGGAGAAGAUAAUAGAGGAUAUGGCGGGUCACAGGGAGGAGGUAGAGGGCGUGGGGGAUAUGACAAGGAUGGAAGAGGUCCUAUGACGGGACCAAGUGGUGGUGACCGCGGUGGCUUCAAAAAUUUUGGUGGUCACAGGGAUUAUGGGCCCAGACCAGAUGCUGAUUCAGAAUCUGACAAUUCAGAUAACAACACAAUCUUUGUGCAAGGACUCGGGGAGGGUGUAUCUACAGAUCAAGUGGGGGAGUUCUUUAAGCAAAUAGGAAUUAUCAAGACAAACAAGAAGACCGGGAAACCAAUGAUAAAUCUUUACACAGACAAGGAUACCGGCAAGCCAAAAGGGGAGGCGACGGUGUCGUUUGAUGACCCUCCUUCUGCUAAGGCAGCUAUUGACUGGUUUGAUGGAAAAGAAUUCCAUGGCAACAUCAUUAAAGUGUCCUUUGCCACCAGAAGACCUGAAUUUAUGAGAGGCGGUGGAAGUGGGGGUGGGCGGCGAGGUCGUGGAGGAUACAGAGGCAGAGGAGGCUUUCAGGGGAGAGGUGGAGAUCCCAAAAGUGGAGACUGGGUUUGCCCGAAUCCGUCAUGUGGAAAUAUGAAUUUUGCACGAAGAAAUUCUUGUAAUCAGUGCAAUGAGCCAAGACCAGAGGACUCUCGUCCCACAGGAGGGGAUUUCCGGGGGAGAGGCUACGGUGGAGAGAGGGGCUACAGAGGUCGUGGGGGCAGAGGUGGAGACCGAGGCGGCUAUGGUGGAGACCGAAGUGGGGGCGGCUAUGGUGGAGACCGAAGUGGGGGUGGCUAUGGUGGAGAUAGAAGUGGGGGUGGCUAUGGUGGGGACAGAAGUGGGGGUGGCUACGGUGGGGACAGAAGUGGGGGUGGCUAUGGUGGAGACAGAGGAGGCGGCUAUGGCGGUGAUCGAGGAAGUGGCUAUGGCGGAGACCGAGGAGGUGGCUAUGGCGGAGACCGAGGAGGUGGCUAUGGAGGAGAUCGAGGAGGUGGCUAUGGAGGAGACCGAGGUGGCUAUGGAGGAGACCGAGGGAGCUAUGGAGGAGACCGAGGGAGCUAUGGAGGAGACCGCGGAGGGUACGGAGGAGACCGAAGUAGGGGAGGCUAUGGCGGAGACCGUGGUGGUGGCAGUGGUGGCUAUGGCGGAGACAGGAGUGGCGGCGGCUAUGGAGGAGACCGGAGCGGGGGCUAUGGAGGAGACCGGAGCGGGGGCUAUGGAGGAGAUCGAGGUGGCUAUGGAGGCAAAAUGGGAGGGAGAAAUGACUACAGAAACGAUCAGCGCAACCGACCAUACUGAUGACUGUUUUGAAUGUUCCUUUGUCUCUGACACGAUCCAUGGUGAAUUUGCCAGAGUCGUGCCUGCUGCUUUCCUCGUGGCCUCUUCUUGGGUAGUGAAAUUAAGUGAUGUUUGGAUUUUUAUUUGGGUGGGAGGGCAGGGACAAUUUUUCUUUUAGCAAUGUCAGUUGAAAUUUCCCCUUUUAGUUUCCAACCUUCUUCUUCCUCAACCCUUGAAGCUAAAUGCGUUGUAAAAUAUUGCCAAAAUGAGAAGUGUUUUGUAAUACUGCAAUAAAAGCUGCUUGUUUUUGUGGA